AUGACCUCAGUACGACAGCCGCUCAUGGAAACCUCUGAAAACACAAACAGUGCGAACGGCUCGCCAGCGCCCGCCUCAAGCGCGCGUCGGUCCGGACGCGUCACGAAGGCGCCCGCAAAGUUUACCCCCGAUGCGCCCCUCGCCACCAAGCGCAAACGCGCCCCCGAUCACGACGACGACGACGAUGAGGACGCUGACGAUGACGAUCUCGAGAACGAAUCGCCCGACGACCCUGACGGCAAUGCCGCGGCCAGCGCCGACGAAGAUGCCGACGCUGAUGAUAGUGCCGCCGACGAGCCCCGGCCUCCGCGCAGGAAAAAGCCCUCGGCCUCGUCGUCGCAGCCGGCCAAGCAGAAGAAACCCGCCGCCAAGAAGCCAAAGAUCAACGGCGACGCGCCCCCCGCCCCAGAGUCGGCGUCUGUAGAGCCUGCGGGCAGCACUGGGUCGCCUGUUGCCGAACUCGUCCAUGCGGCGAGACUGCCGAGUCGGCCUAAGAAGACGGUGCGGAUCGCCAUUGCGCGUCGCGACGGAGAUGGGCUCUACGCCGAUAUCUUUGCCUCGGGGGACUCCUCAGACAAAGUCGCUACGGAGUGGUACCACAAAUACCAAGCCGACGACACGCUCGCCGUCACCGACCUGGUGAACUCUAUCUUGAUGGCUGCUGGCUGCGACCAGCACGUCACGGCAGACGACAUCCGCGACCCCGAAAACUGCCAGAACAGGCUCGCAGACUUGCAGAACGUGUACGCCGAGGAGGGAAUAACCGACUACCCUCUCAUCUCGAGGGCCAAGUCCAGCAGGUCGUUCCGCGACUUGCUCAUCGGCUUUUUCCGGUCGCUCGUGACCGUCAUCCACGAGACCGACGUACUGUACAAGGACGCCUCGCUAAUGGAGAACAUCGCGAGAUGGGUCGCCUCCAUGUCGUCGUCCACCCUGCGCCCGUUCCGGCACACGGCCACCACCGUUGCCCUCGCCAUGGAGGCCUCGCUCGUCGAGGUGGCCAAGAAGCUCGACGACCGCAUCACCAAGAUGACGCAGCAGGUCGAGGCCGAAAAGAGCCGCAAGGGAAAAAACAAGAACAAGGACAGGCUGGUCGCCAUCCAGAAGAACCUCGACGAGGCAAACGAGAAUCGCAAGAUCUGCCAGGAACAGAUCUCCGACUUUUUCGAGACCGUCUUCGUUCACCGCUACCGCGACAUUGAUCCCAAGAUCCGCACCGAGUGCGUCGAGGCUCUCGGGUCUUGGAUCUGGCAUUUGCCGACCGUCUUCAUGGAGCCCGAGUAUCUCCGCUACCUGGGCUGGAUGCUCUCCGACGUCAUGCCGCAGACAAGACAGGAGGUCCUCAAGCAGCUGGCGAGAAUAUUCAAGCGGGAUGCCGAGAAGCUGGGCCACUUCAUUGACCGGUUCAGGCCGCGCCUGGUCGAGAUGGCCACAAAAGACUCGGACGUCAGCGUCCGAGUCGCCGCCAUCGCCGUCAUUCAGAUCCUCAAAGACACGGGCUCGCUAGACCCCGACGAGGUUGACGCCAUUGGCCGGCUGAUAUUCGACUCGGAGCUGCGCGUCCGGAGGGCAGUUAUUGACUUCUUUGCCGGUUGCGUUAACGACUCGAUCGAGAGCAAGAUUGACGACAUUGGAGGUGCCGACGCGGUCGAGGAGCUGUUCGGCGACGACCUCGAGGAGGACCACUUCUCGCCCCGCCGAGACUGGAUCAGUAUCAAGUGCCUCGCUGAGCUGCUCGCUAACUACGACGCCCAGCUUGAGGAGGAGAACGGGACUGAACCCCCCCGGGGCCUCGAUGUUGCCGUCGAGAUGGUCCAGGCCGUGGUGCCCGAGACCAGAAUAUCCUUUGCAUCCCAGGUUUUGUACGAAAAAAUCGACCAUGUAAAGAACUGGGAGCUUCUGUCCGGAUACCUUCUGUACGACCACACCACGAGCUCAAAGUCAAAGUCGGCGUCGAGGGGGAAAAGCUCGAACGAGUCCGCCCUGAGAAACGCCGUGGCGCCCGUGGGCAAGGAGGAAUCAGUCCUUCUCGAGGUUCUCUCGUCGGCCGUCAAACUGAGCCUGACCUCGGCCACAGAAGUCGACCGGAGCAGGAGGAAACCGCGCGCGGACGGCGAGAGCCCCGAGGAUUCUGCCGUCCAUCUUGCCACUAUUAUUCCCCGCCUCCUGAAGAAGUACGGAGCUGAUGCCAGCACCGCCGUCGUGGUGUUGCGGCUAGAGCACUAUCUCGAUCUCGACAUCUUCCAGCAGCUUCGCCAGGAAUCUACGACAUACACCAGGCUUCUAGAUGAGAUCUGCACACAGUUCGACAGGCAUGUCGACAGGGGUGUUCUCGCCGAAGCCGCAGCGGCGCUGCUGCACUCGCGCAGGUACGACGAGUUGGAGGAGAUCACGGACGCAAAGAUUGCCGAUCUGUGGCAGGCUGUUAUCAACGCUCUUCGGCAUUUCGACAAGACGUACGAGCUCAAAAUGCGCGGCAACCUCGACGCGCCAGCCAUCGCCGAACUGGGCCACAUUCUCCUCAAGGCAAGCAAGCUCGCCAGCAUUGCUAACUGCAUCGAUCUGCUCGAAGCCGAGGGGCAGUCAGAUGGUUCCGAGGCUCCCGCAAUCGACCUCCUCAUUCAGGUCAUUCACCGCGGCCGCCUCGACCAGGUCGACGAGGCUCUAGACGACCUCGAGGACGAGGCGGUGUCUUUCGCCGCCAAGUCCUGCCAGUUCUACUUUAUGUGGAAAGUGCGCAGCCUGAUUGACUCUGUUCAGGGGGGCGUGGAGAUUACCAGCGCCGACGCCGAGAAGCUCGACAGCCGCCGCGUCGCGUUCCAGGAAAACUUGAUCUGGACCCUGUCGUCGCGCGGCACCAACGACGACCUCCGGCUCUUUGCCACGGGCGGGCUCUGUGACCUGCACGUCGUGUUUGCGUCGCUCCGGCAGAACGUGGCGGACCUGAGCCAGCAGGGCGCGGCCGACGGCGCCAGGGGCGGUGGUAAAUACGCGGUCCUGGACCCGCUGUACAAAACGAUCCAGCCGGCGCUGAUCAACGAACUGGUCGAGAUCUUCGACGCGGCCGAGCGCGCCUACGCGCGCUGCAUCAAGCGCGACCUCAACGAGCCGGCUGAAGACGAGGACCCGCUCGACGACGACCAGUUCUCCGACGACGACAACGAGGACGAUGAGCUCUCGCCCACCGAGAAGAAGGGCAAGGAGCUCAAGACGGAGCGCGCCCUCUGCGAGCUCGCCGGCAAGUUCGUCCUCGCCAUCGCCGCCAAGAUGCUCGACAACACGGGGCCCGUCGCCGGCAAGCUGCGCCGCCGCAUGCUCCGCAACCAGAACAAGCUCGGCCACAACCUCAAGGAGACGCUCUCGUACCUCGACGAGGCCAAGCUCCGCGACAAGGCCGGCGCCGCGGCGGCCGCCGGCGGGAGAAAAAAGGCCGGCGCCGCUGCUGCUGCGUCCCGGGGCAAGGGGAAACAGCCUGUCUCUGCCGCUAGUGGCAGUGGGUCAACCGCGGCCGCGAACGCUGCAGCCGCCAAAAAGAAGAACAACCGCGGCAGGGGCCCUCUGAGCGCCGAGAUCGUCGUCGGCGACGACACUAGCGACGACGACGACGUCGAGGACAUUGACGACGACCUCGAGCCCGAGCCUGAGGAGGGCACCGCCGAAGACCUGCGACGCCGCGGCCUGAUGGACGGGGAGGACCCUAUCAUAGACGACGAUGAGGAUGACGACGACGACGGCGGAGGGGGGAAAGGUGGCGGUGAUAACAUGGACGAAGACAACUCUGUCAUAGGCGACUGA